AACUUUGUGCUGCUGCCGCGGCCGCCCUGCUCGUGGAAGGGAGGAGGAGGAAUGUGGAAGGCGGCGGCGCAGCCCAGGCUGACAGGCGGUUCCUCCGGCGGGCUGCGGCGGCGGCCCGAGCGUCCCCUCGUCGCGGUGCCCUGGGCUCGCGCGGCAGCGUCCGCCCUCCCGCCUUGUCCCUGAAGGGAAAGAGCCGAGGUAGCUGGCGCUCGAGCCUUCGCGGCGCCCCGUCCCUCCCCCGCCGCACCCAGCCCCGGCGCGAGAGGAGAGAGCAAGAGCCCAAGCCGCUGGCGGCGGGCAGGCGGCGAAGAUGGCAGAGGCACCAGCCUCCCCGGUCCCGCUCUCUCCGCUCGAAGUGGAGCUGGACCCAGAGUUCGAGCCACAGAGUCGGCCACGCUCCUGUACGUGGCCCCUGCAGAGGCCGGAGCUGCAGGCGAGCCCGGCCAAGCCCUCGGGGGAGACGGCCGCAGACUCCAUGAUCCCCGAGGAGGACGACGAUGAAGACGACGAGGACGGCGGCGGCCGAGCCAGCUCGGCCAUGGUGAUCGGUGGCGGCGUGAGCAGCUCGCUGGGCUCCGGGCUGCUCCUCGAGGAUUCGGCCAGGCUGCUGGCUCCGGGAGGGCAGGACCUCGGGUCGGGGCCAGCGUCCGCCGCAGGCGCGCUGAGUGGGGGCACGCAGACGCAGCUGCAGCCUCAGCAGCCACUAGCACCGCCGCAGCCCGGGGCGGCUGGGGGCUCUGGGCAACCGAGGAAAUGCUCCUCGCGGCGGAAUGCCUGGGGGAACCUGUCCUAUGCCGACCUGAUCACCCGCGCCAUCGAGAGCUCCCCGGACAAACGGCUCACUCUGUCCCAGAUCUACGAGUGGAUGGUGCGCUGUGUGCCCUACUUCAAGGAUAAGGGCGACAGCAACAGCUCUGCGGGCUGGAAGAACUCCAUCAGACACAACCUGUCCCUGCACAGCCGAUUCAUGCGAGUUCAGAAUGAAGGGACUGGCAAGAGCUCUUGGUGGAUCAUCAACCCCGAUGGGGGGAAGAGUGGGAAGGCCCCCCGGCGGCGGGCUGUCUCCAUGGACAACAGCAACAAGUACACCAAGAGCCGAGGCCGAGCAGCCAAGAAGAAGGCAGCCCUGCAGGCUGCCCCAGAGUCAGCAGACGACAGUCCUUCCCAGCUCUCCAAGUGGCCUGGCAGCCCCACAUCCCGCAGCAGCGACGAGCUGGAUGCAUGGACCGACUUCCGCUCACGCACCAAUUCCAAUGCCAGCACAGUGAGCGGCCGCCUGUCACCCAUCCUGGCAAGCGCGGAGCUGGAUGACGUCCAGGAUGAUGAUGGACCCCUCUCCCCCAUGCUCUACAGCAGCUCUGCCAGCCUGUCGCCUUCUGUAAACAAGCCAUGUACUGUGGAGCUUCCACGGCUGACCGACAUGGCAGGCACCAUGAAUCUGAAUGAUGGGCUGGCCGAGAACCUCAUGGAUGACCUGCUGGAUAACAUCACGCUCCCGUCAUCCCAGCCGUCACCUCCUGGGGGCCUCAUGCAGCGCAGCUCCAGCUUCUCCUAUACUGCUAAGAGCUCCGGCCUGGGCUCCCCAACCAGCUCCUUCAACAGUACCGUGUUUGGACCUUCGUCUCUGACCUCCUUGCGCCAGUCGCCCAUGCAGACCAUUCAGGAGAACAGACCAGCCACCUUUUCUUCCGUGUCACACUAUGGCAACCAGACACUCCAAGACCUGCUCACAUCAGACGCACUCAGCCACAGCGAUGUCAUGAUGACCCAGUCAGACCCUUUGAUGUCUCAGGCUAGCACCGCUGUGUCUGUCCAGAAUGCCCGCCGCAACGUGAUGCUUCGCAACGACCCGAUGAUGUCCUUUGCUGCCCAGCCUACCCAGGGGAGUUUGGUCAAUCAGAACUUGCUCCACCACCAGCACCAAACCCAGGGUGCUCUUGGUGGCAGCCGUGCCUUGUCAAAUUCCGUCAGCAACAUGGGCUUGAGUGACUCCAGCAGCCUUGGCUCAGCCAAACACCAGCAGCGGUCCCCCGUCAGCCAGUCUAUGCAAACCCUCUCGGACUCCCUCUCAGGCUCCUCACUGUAUUCAGCUAGUGCAAACCUUCCCGUCAUGGGCCACGACAAGUUCCCCAGUGACUUGGACCUGGACAUGUUCAAUGGGAGCUUGGAAUGCGACAUGGAGUCCAUCAUUCGUAGCGAACUCAUGGAUGCUGACGGGUUGGACUUUAACUUUGACUCGCUCAUCUCCACACAGAACGUUGUUGGUUUGAACGUGGGGAACUUCACUGGUGCUAAGCAGGCCUCAUCUCAAAGCUGGGUGCCAGGCUGAAGGAUCACUGAGGAAAGGGGAAAUGGGCAAAGCAGACCCUCAAACUGACCGAAGACCUACGGAGAAAACCCUUUGCCAAAUCUGCUCUCAGCAAGUGGACAGUGAUCCAUCCCGUUUACAGCCUGACACCUUUGUGACUCCCGCGUCAUUUUCCUAGCCCAGCAGAGACUGUUAGCAGCCCUGGCCCUGGGUGGAGCCCGUACCCGUGGAACAGAACUCUAUAAUGUAUGCAAAAUCUAACUCAUCUGCAAGUGACCUGCCAGCGUGGACAGCACCCAUCAGCACCCCCCAUUCCUUCAGAGCACACCGGGAGCCCCGUCGGCAAUUCUGUAGUGUUUUACUAUUAUGAUGGUUAUGGGGAUAUUUUAAGUGUCGUUUUCUUUGUUUCCUUUGACCCUCUGAGUUUUUUACACACAGUAACCUGCAGUAUUUUUCUGUUGAUAAUGUCCUUUCCCUAGCACACUUAGAAGCAGAAGGAAGGUGUUAUAUCAGUUCCCGUCUGGCCCUGAGCAUCAGGAGCUUGGAGCCUGUGGAACUCCACAAACUUAACACAUUACAUAACUAACGGGGGAUCUUCUUUCUUCUUUUGUUUGGUAGAAAAUUAUCCUUUUCUAAAUACUGAACAAUGGCACAACUGUUUUUGCCCUGCGUGCCCAUCCAGGAUUGAACUAUGCGUAGGCGAAGCAAAUGGAGCCAAGCAUCUGACUCAGGAGUUUCCAGUUCUGAGUCAGGGGGUGGUCUGUGGACGGGGACCCCGGUGCCCACUCUACAGCUGCCUGGUCGGCGGGGCUCGUGGUCUGUCGACAUUCUCAGUGGCAGGCCAUGUCGCUCUGCUCUUAGGAACUAGGGCCUCUUCAGGACAACGUCAGCUCAGCCUCUGCUGGUUGCCAAAUUGCCACUAAUGGGUUUAGUUUUAAGGAGGAAAGAGUAAAGAAAUGUGUGCUUGUUUUGCUUUGUAGAAGCCGUGGAGUUACAGGUGAGCCAUUGAGCAUGCAGUGGGCAGAGGGUGAGAUCAACAAACCACGUCUGCACUAGCAGGUCCAACGUCGCUGUUUUUGAAACAUACAUAUCUUUUGAUUCUUUUCAAACUUGCUGUGUGUAUGCCGAUCUUCCUAGAAGUGUAUGAGUGACAGGCAGUAGCAUACAAGGUGAUAUAUAUAUGCUUAGUUUGUAAUUGUUCAAGUGAUUCAUGGAAAUACAAGCUAAGGCAAUUUAAACUUUUUUUUUUUUUAAACUUCUGCGGAUCUCAUUUUUGUUGUUGUUGUUGUUGUUUCCAAAAAGUUAUGGUGCUGUAUAGGUGCUUUCUGUUUACCUGCGGAGUGUGAGUGUAUUCAUUACUCUCUUUGAUAGACAGCGUGGUUGGGAACACCUUUGGUACAUACAAAACUGGUGAGACGAUGCUCUGAUUAGCACAGCGCAUACACACUUCUCCAAAGUGAUAUAUGAAGACUCUCUUCUUUGCAUAAAAAGCACUAGGCAUAUAAGUGUAUAAAGUGUAUUUUAUCAUGUACAGUACAAAAUGGAACUUUAUGCAUGGCGUUAGGAAUGUGGGCUAACAAUGUUCCAGCACAGGCUUCCCUGCUUGAGUUCUCGCCAUUGCUCGCACUGUGGACGUGCACGCCAACCCAGGCGUACCACCAAAUCCCCUGCCCUCAGCACCGGCCCCCUUUUGCACCUUUGCUUCAUGACUGCUCUGGGGGUGGUACCGAUGGCAGUCACAGCUCCUAGCAUAAUGAGAGUUCCAUUUGGUAUUGUCACAUGUCUCUCCUGCCUCGCUCGAUUCUCGUGUUUGAGCGAUGGCCCUGUUGAUUUCACGCUGCCUUUUAUGGAAUCUGUACAUUGUCAUGCAGUUGUGGUCCUGGUAGGCCUGGAGCACAUUGCCUUUUCCAAACUGCUACAUGUCUGUAAUCUUCAUUGUUCAAGUCCAGUUUUGAAAAUGUGUAUAGUAGUCAUGUGACCUGCUGGUCAGUGAGCCCAUGCUUGCUUAUUCCAUUCCUUGAUCAUGAUGCCGGCCACGCCCUGAUUCCUCAACCUGUGUCAUUUUAGGCAGAGUACUGCUUCCUUGGUGGGAUGGAUCAGGGUGACAGCUGAAGGAGCAGAAAGAGCUCAGGUACAAGGGAGAACCCCAAGUGCUUCCAAAUGAGGGCCCUGAGCAUUCUCUGCUGAGUUUAAAGAAAUGCAGACCAAUUCACAAGAUAGUGUCUUGGCUGUGAAGUUUGCAGGCAUUGGGAGUGGCAAGGGCCACCCUCCGGUGUAGUCCCCUAGUUUUAAAACUCGGAUAGCCUUUCAGACAUAACAGCUCAUUUAUUUUCUUUCCCAGUGGUUGUUGGGUUUCAGGCACCAAAUCUCACACAGAAUGUCCUAGAAAUAGAUUAUAAACUGAGGUGGGAACAAGGAAGGUGAGGCCAGAGUAGCCUCUGCAGAUUAGGAAAGCAGAGGCUAAAUGCUUUGAUUUACUUUACUUUUAAAAACUAAUACAGAGUCUGCACAUAGAACUGUGGAGAGCUAAGGCCUGCCAGGCCCUGAGAGGCUCAGUCGAGGAGAUUUCAAUAGUGAUCCCUAUGGGGUAUUUGCACACCCACCCUCAGAUUCCCCACACAGAGGCCAAGCUCUCUUAAGCCCAAUUCUAUGUCAGUCAGACUUGACAGAGGUAUAGCCUGGGCCCUCUGUACCUUCUGUUGGAACCCUGCUUUCAGGGUAGACCGGUCACUGGCUACCAAGUAUCAUUCUCAAUGUCUUAAGUCCCUGACGAUGAACUGCUCUGUUGAGACAUCUGAGCAGAUGACCUCGUGGACCUCCCAGGCUUAGGACCAGCCCAUGGAAUCCCAAUGAGAAAGAAGUGUGUGGCGACCCUUCCUGGGGAGCCCUCACACCUGUGCCAGGACUGGAGCAAGCAGGAGGCCCGUGUGGAAGACUGAUGUUCUCCUGGGCUCUGUGGUCUACUUCAGGCUCUAGAACCUGAUACCUUGUACCAAAGAGAGAGAAGGGCGUGUGGCAAGCCUUCGCUGUCCCAGCACUAGGACUGACUGGGCUCAGCAUAGCCGGUUAACUGUGACUGCAUUAGAGGUGUGUUCUCCAUUGUAUUCUCUGCAACAUAAUGACGGCUGAAGCACAUAGAACCGUCCUCCUACGUCUCCUGAUAAUGGAGGGGCAUGCACCAGGUAUAGCACAAAGCAGACAUUGUUUAGGGGUUGAUGAUUAGAAUCAGCCCGAGGAGAGGUACACCCCAUCUCAGGUGUGACUUCAGCCAACCUCUAAACCCAUGUGCAGGUUAAAGUUCACAGGGACAGACAACUUUGCCUUUUCUCAAAGUGCUCCAUCCACUGAACGAACAAGCAGCAUUUGAGUCUCUUGGAAAAGAGCUUCAAGAGAAAGGCAGAGAGAAAGCAAACCUUCUGUCGUCCCCUGGAAUAAGGGGAAACAAAACGCUACCUGUUCUUGAGAAACAAAGGAAAGGUAAUAGAGACUGAUUUUUCUUUUUCUUCGUGUAUUUGGGGAACGUCAUGAUUAGGCAGAAUAAUGUUCUGUUUUUUAAUGAAAAGCAGACCUUAUAUAGAACAGCAAUCACUGAUACAGAGGUACAAAGAAGCCAGUUCUGGGAGUGGUAGCAGGCGUGAAGUGAGAGAGAUGGCUUGUGGGAUCAUGUCUGUCAAACAGGACCUUAGAGCAGAUGCCCAAGCAACUGACAGGAAUAAGUGGUAUUGAACUAAAUCUCAAGUGUAUAGCAGAUUAAAUAGAUGAAGUAUUUUCUCUUGUUGAAUUUUGCUCAUUUGUAUUUUUCUUUCUUGAAUGAAUGAUGACAGGGCCUCUGCCACACUCCAGGAAUACUUGUGUAACUACUUUUUUAAAAAAGUGUGUGUCUAGUCACUUAUUUCUCUAAAAUUAUGUCAUUGUCGGGCAAGCAGCCUUCUCUUGUGGACUUGCCCUAGCACACUGUGUACGUGGGAAAUGUGAGCAGAUGUGAAGGAGACCAGAAGAAUUGGUGAAUAUUGAAAAAUGUGCAUUUGAGCUUCACAUGUUUAACUUUUUUUUUUUUUAAGAAAAAAAAGUUGCAUGAAUGAAAACAACCUUUGUAUACAGUAUCUGUAAAAAUGGCCUGUUUUGAUUUCCUGCUUCUGCCCCACACAAACUAGAAUUUAGUGUGGCGAGUGGCCCUGUUUAACACCUGAGAAGCAGUUCGUCCUUUCAAGGCAAACGCCUCCAUGCUGCAUCCUGAGUACUAGGGACCUUGUCUAACCGUAUGCUGCCGUGACUCAGCCCUGCCGUCUUUCUCAAGGAUCUAAACCAGUUUGAUUUGGGAAUCUGCCCCCUUCCCAGUGGAAUGGAGGUGCUUACUUCCCAUGGUAUUGUAGAUAUUGCCUGUGUAUUCCAUUUACAACCUUAAUCUAGUUUGUAAAAGAUGAUGACGCAUGUAAAUAAAGCUUUGAUGACACUCUGUCUCA